CAAUCCAUGGAGCACGCGACAUUAAAUACCAGUCAAAUAUGGACCGAAAGAUGAUACGGAACGUUUUUGUGCAGUUGUUAUAACGAGGUAGCUAGCUAGCAAGCCAGGACAUUGGGUAAAUACAACAGCGUUGCAAGUGAAACACCUACAUAGCAGCUUGACAGCUACGCUUGGUCUGUCUGUGUGCGUGGAGUGCCUAUGGCGGAGUUUGGAGAGAACGGCGGCUCAUCUCCAUCGAAUACUGGGGAUUCGGUGGCUUUGCCCAGUGAUAAAAAAGACGGGAAGACGCAGUGCGAAGUAUCGGUCUUCAAUGGGGACUGUGGCAAUGGGGACUGUGGGAUACCGGCAGACAUGGUUGGAUCAGAAACGUUACCUGACAGCCCAGGGCUUGAAACGGCCAACAACUCCUCUGUCGGAUUGGAUUCCAAACCCGGAAUACCACGCAGGAGCAGCAUUAUAAAGGAUGGCUCGAGGCAGCGCAAAGAGAGGAAGAAGACGGUUUCGUUCAGCAGCAUGCCCACUGAGAAGAAGAUCAGCAGUGCGAACGACUGCAUCAACGCCAUGGUGGACGGCUCUGAACUGAAGAAGGUCCGCUCCAACUCCCGCGUUUACCACCGCUACUUCCUCCUGGAUGCCGACAUGCAGUCUCUAAGGUGGGAACCCUCCAAAAAAGAGUCAGAGAAAGCCAAAAUUGAUGUCAAGUCCAUCAAAGAGGUGCGGACAGGGAGAAACACCGAAACUUUUAGGACCAACGGAAUAUAUGAUCAGAUAUCAGAGGACUGUGCCUUCUCAAUCAUCUAUGGGGAGAACUAUGAGUCUUUGGACUUGGUUGCAAACUCUGCCGAUAUGGCCAACAUAUGGGUGACCGGGCUUAGAUACCUGAUAUCCUAUGGGAAACACACCUUGAAUAUGAUUGAAAGCAACCAGAACAACAUGCGCUCCUCCUGGCUCGGUGACCUCUUUGAGGAGGCUGAUGCCAACAACAGCAAGCACAUCAGUCUAUGUGCUGCUGUUCAGCUAAUUAAAAACCUAAACCCUGGUCUCAAAAAUAUGAAGAUUGAACUCAAGUUCAAGGAGUUUCACAAAUCUAAGGAUAAGGUGGGAUGUGGUGUGACUAAGGAGGAGUUCAUUGAAGUCUUUCAUGACCUUUGCACAAGACCAGAAAUGUAUUUCCUUCUUGUCCAGUUCUCUAGCAACAAGGAAUUUCUAGAUACCAAGGACUUAACUAUGUUUCUGGAGGCUGAACAGGGUAUGGCACAAGUAAGUGAAGACACCAGUCUGGAGGUCAUUCAGAGCUAUGAACCUUCUAAAGAGGGGCAGCUCAAGGGCUGGCUCUCCCUUGAUGGGUUUACCAAUUAUCUCAUGUCGCCAGAGUGCCACAUCUUUGACCCUGAACAAAAAGCAGUGUGUCAGGACAUGAACCAGCCCUUGUCCCACUAUUACAUCAACGCUUCCCACAACACAUACCUGAUCGAGGAUCAGUUUAGAGGCCCCUCUGACGUUACAGGCUACAUCCGUGCCCUCAAGAUGGGCUGUCGUAGCGUAGAACUAGAUGUCUGGGAUGGACCAGAUAAUGAGCCUGUCAUUUACACUGGCCACACAAUGACCUCGCAGAUAGUCUUCCGCAGUGUCUGUGACGUCAUCAACAAAUAUGCCUUUGUUGCAUCUGACUUUCCCGUGAUAUUGUGUCUGGAGAACCACUGCUCCUUAAAGCAGCAGAGGGUCAUGUUUCAGCACUUGAAAAAGAUUCUUGGUGAUAAGAUUCACAUGGAUCCACCGUCAUCUGAGGACAGCUACCUGCCCUCACCCUUUGACCUCAAGUGUAAAAUCCUGCUGAAGGGGAAGAAGCUGGGCACGAUCUGCAUUAGCUCGGAGGGCGAAGUGACUGAUGAGGAUGAGGGGGCUGAGAUGUCCCAAAGAAUGAACAUUGAAGCCAAUGAACAACAGAGCAUCCCACUGAAAAAGUUCCAGCUUUCCAAGGACCUCUCUGACCUGGUAACGUUGUGUAAAUCGAUUGCGUUCAAAGACUUCCCAACAGCUUUCCAAAGCCAGAGGCACUGGGAACUUUGCUCGUUCAAUGAGGUUUUUGCCAGUCGCUGUGCCAGUGAAUUCCCAGGCGACUUUGUUAACUACAACAAGAAAUUAUUGGCGAGAGUCUACCCCAGCCCAAUGCGGAUUGACUCCAGUAACAUGAACCCUCAGGACUUCUGGAAGUGUGGUUGCCAGAUCGUAGCAAUGAACUACCAGACCCCCGGCCUGAUGAUGGACCUAAACAUUGGCUGGUUCCGUCAGAAUGGGAACUGUGGUUAUGUGUUGCGACCAGCCAUAAUGAGGGAGCAGGUGUCAUAUUUCAGUGCCAACACUAAAGACUCAGUGCCUGGUGUGUCUCCUCAGCUCUUGCACAUAAAGAUCAUAAGUGGACAAAACUUCCCCAAACCCAAAGGCUCAGGCGCCAAAGGAGAUGUUGUUGACCCUUACGUCUAUGUGGAGAUCCAUGGCAUCCCUGCUGAUUGUGCAGAGCAAAGGACUAAAACUGUCAAUCAGAAUGGGGAGAACCCACUGUUUGACGAAAGCUUUGAGUUUCAGAUCAACCUACCUGAGCUGGCCAUGGUGCGCUUCGUGGUGCUUGAUGAUGACUACAUUGGCGAUGAGUUCAUCGGCCAGUACACAAUCCCCUUCGAGUGUCUCCAGCCGGGAUUCCGGCACACACCGUUACAAUCGCUAACGGGGGAAGUCCUUCCCCACGCCUGGCUGUUUGUCCAUGUGGCCAUCACCAACCGAAGGGGCGGGGGCAAGCCUCACAAGAGGGGACUGUCUGUGCGUAAGGGCAAGAGAAGUCGGGAGUACGCCACCAUGAGGGUGCUGGUCAUCAAGGCUGUGGACGACAUCUUCAAGACAGCCAUACUGCCACUAAGGGAAGCCACCGACCUCAGAGAAAACAUGCAGAAUGCCAUAGUGCCCUUCAAGGAACUAUGUGGCCUCUCGGCGGUGGCCAACCUGAAGCAGUGCAUCCUGGCCCUGUCCUCCCGGCUGACAGGGGCUGACAACAACCCCCUCCUGGUGUUCAACCUCAAGGACCAGUACCCCACCAUGGAGCCCCAGGGCCAGCUACCAGAUGUCCUGAAGAAGGUGGUCACCACCUAUGACAUGAUGAUCCAGACCAGCAAGACUCUGCUGGAGAACUCUGAGGGAGUCUACGACCGAAUACUGCUAACCCAGAAAGCAGCGAUGGAGUUCCAUGAGAACCUCCAUGACAUGGCGGUGAAGGAGGGCCUGAAGGGCAGGAAGCUGGCCAAGGCUGUGGAGAGCUUCACCUGGAACAUAACCAUCCUCAAGGGCCAGGCGGACCUGCUGAAGCACGCAAAGAGUGAGGUCCAGGAGAACCUGAAGCAGAUCCACUAUGCCGCACUCACCUGUAACCUCAGUAAGGACGGGCCAUCAGGGAGCACGGCAGGCUCCGAGUCCAGGACCCGACCACACAGCCUGGAUGCCAUCCCUGAGAAAGCCACGGGGGAGGACGAGCUCUCUGAGGAGGACAACUGAAAGCUUACGCCCUAAACCCUUCAUACCACCAAGUCCCUUGCCCUACCCUAGUGGCAUACAUAAACCUCCUUACCGCAGUCCCACACAAACCUGACUACAGUAUACCUGUUCUAGUGCCGUUGCCACACAAAACUAUUCUUAUUCCAGUGCCGUAUACAACCAUUCCAUUCCCACCCCAAUCUCACUCAAACCUCCCUUUGAUUAACCAGGUACCACACAAAAAGCCCUUAACCCCUCCUGCCCACCUCCAACGUCCAACAGCAAGAUGUUGCAGGUCAACUAGGAGGGUCAAGUGAACUUGCAGCCACGGGACAGUCUUAAAGCAGUGACAACUGUAGAGAGUGCACUUAUUUACAGGCAGACCCCAGGGUCUGACCCUAGGAGAGCCGCUCUGAACGGUCCGAGGAUUUCUUAAGCACAAUUUACGGGUUUCUGACCAACCAGAAACUAGAGCUGUGAAUGUAAUAGGAAACAGGAACAAUGGAGAGAAGAAAAGGGAGGUGAGAGCUGUUUACAAUAAUGAACUUGCCAAAAUACUAUAUGUAUAUAUGGAGUUCUGUUACUUUUUUUGCAACGUGCUUCAUUUUAUUAUUGUAUUCUUGAGAAAUAAGAUUUAUUUUGUAAAGGAAAUGGCUUGUCCAUGAAACAUAACUAUUUUAUUUGUCUGUACAGAUGUGAAAUUGUGGUGUCCUUUACACUUUCCCACUGGAGAGUUCCUUUGUCGAGACGAGGGACGGAUAGAGACUUUAAACCUCAGUAUGUGGUCCAAAGGGUGGCAGUCGAGUCUUAAACACAGCCAGCAACUGCUUUGGGAAGGAACCAUGGAGAGAGUAACUCGUUAGGCCUACGUUUUGGGAUCAUUUCACCAUUCCACGUGAGAGGAUUGAGUAAGGUGUACAAAGUAAUAAUACCCGUCCUGGUAACAAACUAGCACCCUAUUCAUGAAUACGGUUUCAUAUAUGACUGUGCCUCAUUGCUACAAAUCAGUCAACAAAGGGGAUGGAUGGUGAGGAAAGAGAUACUCUUCCUCGCAUCCAUCCGUCUUUACCUGCUUUUCCCCACCAGUUGCUUCUAGUUUGUAUUUUGUUCAUUCUCUCCACAGUGCGGAAACAGCGUUGCUCCUGGUCAACUUUAGCCACCCCCCACCACCUCUGGAUCUCACCACCAGUGUUUUAACUGGGCCCACACUGGUACAAAAAGUAAUUCACAAACUUCAGUGCUGUGACAGUUGUUGUAUUUAUAACUGUUAACCAUUUUUACCGACGGAGAGAAUUUUUAUUUAUUUUUUAAAUACCGGUUUUGCUUUUCUGUUCAUUCCUGAAACCUUCUGAAUAAACCACGUCAAAUCGUU